CAAACGAAAAUGUUCAGUCGAUUCUAAAUGAAUGACCAGGUGGCCUUACUGAAAGCAUAUGCCCGCAAUGGGCAUAUUGCACAAGCAGAGAAGAUUCUCUAUGCAAUGCCCGAGUGGAAUCUUCUUGCCUGGACCACGCUGCUGGCCGCAAGUGUCCAGGCUGGGAAUCUCAAAGAAUGUAAAAGGAUCUUUGAGGAGACUCCACGAAGGGACAUAGCGCUCUGGAACGUAAUGCUUGCAGCAUACACUCACACUGGGAAUCUUGGUGAAGCAAAGGUCUUCUUUGAUUCUAUGCCUUGUUGGAAUCUUCUCUCCUGGACAAUACUUCUUGUGGGAUACGCCCAAAAUGGGUUUGUCACACAAGCCCGGAGAAUGUUUGACAGGAUGACUAACAGAAAUCUCGUGACAUGGAAUGCACUGCUCUGGGCUUACGCACAAAACGGCGACUUAGGCAGUGCGACUUCCAUCUUUAAAAUCAUGCCUCAGUACGACAUAGUUUCAUAUAACACAGCUCUUUCGGAAAUUGCCCAAAAGGGGCAUAUUGAGGAUACAAAGAAACUUUAUAAUGUAUUGCCAGAGUGGAACGUCAUCACCUAUAACAUUAUGUUAGCUGCAUAUGAAACAAAAGGGCUUGUGGAUGAAAUUGAGAAAAUGCUAGGAGAAAUGCCCGAACGAGACCUUGUAUCAUAUACCACACUUUUAUCAGCUUAUGCCCAAGUGGGGAAUGUGAAAUAUACUCAGCUACUCUUUGAUUGCAUGCCACAACACAAUUUAGUGUCAUGGAAUGUGCUUAUGGCUGCUUGUGUCUGUCACGGUGAUUUUGGUCUUUGCAAAAGCGUUUUUGAUGCAAUGCCCGAGCUGAACUUGGUAUCUUGGAACUCAAUGGUAUCAGCCUAUGCAGAAAGUGGUUAUCUCAUCCAGGCAAAACACGUACUAUCUGUGAUGCCAGCUUGGGACUGCGUAUCGUGGACCACCUUGCUGGUAGCUUAUUCCCAAUACGGGUAUCUUGAUAUUGCAAAAGCCUUGUUUGACCAGAUACCCGAAAAGGAUACCAUUUGCUGGAACGCAAUGGCGUCUGCAUAUGCCCAAUCUGGGCAUCUUCAAGAGGCCAAACAAAUGAUGGACUUGUGUCCGUAUGUAAGUGUGCCGUCGUACAACACGGUUCUUGCUGGCUAUUCCGGCACCCCUCACGUCCAAGAGGCAAAGCAGGUGUUCGAUUCCAUGCACUACCGCAAUCUGGUUUCAUGGUUGACAAUGCUGUCGAUGUACACACAAAGCGAUAGCAUCAGAGAGGCCAGGCACCUGUUUGGUGAAAUGCCCGAGAGAAACUUGGCCGCGUUCCACAUCAUGCUGGGGGCAUUUGCCAGAAAGGAACUCCUGGAAGACGCCAAGAGUAUCUAUGAUAAAAUUCCCGAGAAGACCAUAGAAUCGUGGUGUCUACUGGUGGCAGGAUUCUCUCAACACGGGCAUUUCAUCUGCAUAGAUCCUCAGUACUUCGAGCAAGUUGACGAUGCCGUUCGCAACCAUGAGAUGUUUAAAGCAUAUGCCCAGAUUCGGCAUCCUCACAAGAGCAAACACUAUUUUGAUCACUUGCAGACCAGAGAUUCCGACACGUGGACGCAGAUGCUGGUCGUGUACGGAUACAACGGCCAGGUGGCAGAAUCGGAGCGGCUGUUUUCCGCAAUGCCCGAGCACGAAGAAGUAAGUUGGAGCACCAUGCUUCUAGCAUAUGCCCAGAACGGGCAUUUUGAAAAGGUGGUGGAUUUGUAUUACAGACUUGUGAUGGUCACGAAUCCCCGGCUGGUUUGCUUCGUGUCGGUGUUGGUCGCUUGCAGCCGCAAAGGAGACGUGGAAUCUGGACGGCAGUGCUUUGGCUCGAUCAAGUCUGACUUUGGCCUUGACUACUCCAAGCAGCACUACAGUUGCAUGCUGGAUCUCUUGACGCGAGCUGGGCGGUUCCAAGACGCGACGGACCUCAUCAGCAGCAUGCCUUUCGAGCCGAGCGAUGUGGAAUGGAGAUGCCUGCUCGCGGCUUGCAGAUGCCGUGGCCACAGCGCGCUUGAAGCUCGAGGAACAGUGGGAAAUGCCCUGGAUACUGGAUCGACAGACUCGUCGACUUAUGUUCUGGCAGCCAACGUCGUGUGUUGAUGGAGAG